UGUUUGUGAGAAUUUUUUAUACGAUAUAGUUGUAUCAUCGGUAUUCAAUAAAACUUGAUUUCUUCCGUAUUCAAACGUCGGUAAUUGUACCGAUCAAUAAUCAAUUUAUAGUGAUCAAUUUCAUUUUCAAAUAAAAGAAAAUAACGAUUGUCGUUAACAGUUCUCUGAAAGAAAAAUGCUAUCGCAAUAUUUCGUGGUUUUAUUUCUCCUUUUGCCAUUACCAAUACCAUUGAAUAGCAUAUCAUUGAAUUCAGCCAGUCAAACCGAAGCAUCACAGCAAAUUUUUCCAUGGAUUGAUGGCACAUUUCGAGUCAUGGGAGGAGAUAUAGAAGACAUAGAAAAUAGUCCUUAUAGUGUUGUAUGUAUGGAAAAAUUAGAAGAUUCAGAUCAGUACUUUGGUGGCUCAAUUAUCACGAAAAACCUUAUAUUGACCGCCGCUCAUAGUUUACACAAGGCAAAUCUGAAUUUCUUGAAGUGUUACGUCGGAUCUUCGGUAUUACUAAAAGGAAAAGAGGUUGAAAUUGCUGAGUUAAUAGUUCACCCGUUUUAUCAAUAUCCCAUCCAACAAUUCGACAUUGCAAUUAUUAGAUUAAAGGAUAAGUUAACUUUCGAAAACAAGAACAUUCAACCAAUUGCUCUCCCCGAUAAAAACGAUAGAAUACGAAAUGGUGAAUUGUGUACUAUUACUGGAUUCGGUUUUAGAGGAAUUAAGGAACUUCCCGUGUCGCUCACAUUGCGUUCUUUGAAAUUACAUGUUCUGAGUUACAAAAAGUGCAAUCAAUUAUAUCCGAAUCGAAGUCUACCUUAUACUAUCUGUACUAUCCAUAGACAAUUAGGAAAGGAUGCAUGUGAAGGUGAUAGUGGAGGCGCGGUUACGUGCACAAAUGCACAUGGAAAACGAAUUAUUUACGGAGUCAUCAUGUCUGGCGUCGAGUGCAAACCAUUUGGAGAGCCAAUGCUUCAUCUACCAGGCAUAAGCACGAAUGUAGUGAAAUUUAUUGAUUGGAUACAAUCCGUUAUAAGUGAAAAUAUACACGAUAAACCUUUUCACGCAGAACCUAGUCACGCAGAACUUCGUAUUCAUUCAGCACCAUAUUCAUUUUGGAAUGCCGACGAUUUUGAACAAGAUGACGGCCACAGUGGCUUUAAUCCUGUCGUAGAACGCGAAGGAACCGUACACCACCAACCUCAAGUUGCUGUCGCCCAUGCAGCUCCAAUCGCUGUCGCACACUCACCAGCCAUUGCUCUAUCACAUGGACAAAUUUCUCAUCAAUCAUAUUCGUCACCAGUUAUUGCGCAUCAACCAGAAGUUCAGCAACAACAUGUUCUUCAACAACCAGCCCUUGCUGGUUAUGCCAGCCAAGGAUAUGCUGGACACGGAAACGCCGGCCAUGCAAGUGGCUACUCGACCAUUUCCCAAGUGACUCAUCAUGGUCAUGGUGGCUAUCAUCAAUAAAUUAAACGACUUUGCUUUCUAUUUACGGUCCUAUGAUUCUAACGUUAACGCACACAACAUUUGUAUAUAUACAACAUUUCAAUGCACACUUUCUUCUAGAAACGACAAAAAAUAAAAUUAAUUUUUAGAAAUAGCAGAAA